GUCUUUAGCUGUCAAACUAACCGAAUAACAACAAAAACAAACACAGCAAGGUUGAGGGGGUUCCGCAGACGGGAUGGAGGCACGUGAUCUGAUGUGCUGUUGAAAACAAUCUUUCCUUUGGUCUCUGCGACAUCAGAGCAAGAGAACCAUGGAGUUGUCCUCUGAUGAAGAGGAGGUACGCACCUUCAUCCAAGUCCUCAGUGAGAAGUACAACCCAGAGAAUUUUCCCUAUGGCCAAGGAGUAGUGGUUCUGCCCAGUCCCCCAGGAUCCCCCAUUAAAGAUCGCCUCUUCUUACCCAGCGCCCUGGUUCUGAAUGACUGUGGAAUCAGUAAAGCUGGCGACAGGUCCAUCAUCGCAGCUUUCUGUGCUCAUGUGUUGGAGCUGGACCUGUCCUACAAUCAGUUUAAAGACUGGGGAGAGAUCAGCACCAUCGUCUCCAACAUCCCUCAUCUGGACUUCCUCAAUCUGAGUAUGAACCCUCUGAGUGGCGUGGAGCUGAAGCCUAGCAUGGCUGACGUUUUCUCCAGAGUUCGUCGUCUUGUCCUCAUCAACACACAAGUCAGCUGGGACACCGUGCACACACUCACACACCACACACCAGAGCUGAAGGAGCUUUUCUUAUGUCUGAACGGCUACAACACCGUGUCAGAGUCCCAGACGUCCUGUCCAUCACUGCGUCUGCUGCAGAUCACAGGCAACCAGCUGCAGGACUGGGAAGAAGUCAGGAAGUUUGGGCUCCUGUACCCCAAUCUGAGCACACUGGUGCUGGCCAAUAACAGUGUGGGCUCUGUGGGAGACACCAAGGAGACACUGGAGCGUCUGUUCCCCAACCUGUGCAGCAUUAACCUCAACAACUCAGGGCUUAGUAAAUGGGAGGACAUUGAAAGGCUGAACUUUUUUCCUAAGCUGGAGGAAGUCAAAGCAAAAGGGCUUCCUUUACUGGAGUCCUACAGCACCCAGGAGAGGCGUAGCCUCCUUCUAGCACAGCUGCCAUCUGUAAUGGUCCUGAAUGGAAGUGCAGUGUCUAAUGGAGAGAGAGAAGACGCUGAGAGGUUCUUCAUCAGAUUCUACCAGGACUGUCCAGAGCAGCAGCUUCCUGAGAGGUACCACAUCCUUGUAUCCAAGUAUGGGCAUCUGGCCCCGCUGGCAGAGGUGGACCUGAGCCCCCGCUGCACGUUGGUGGAUGUUCGCUGGGGUGACAGGGUGGAGGCAGUCAGCCUCAGCCUGGAGCAGACGGUGGGUGAACUGAAGAAACACCUAAAAGCUCUGCUACAGCUUCCCACCAACGGGAUCAGGCUCUUUUACAUCGACCGGGAGAUGUGUUCAGUGUUGGGACCUGAGGAGCUGAAGUGCGGCACCCGGGCCCUUCAUUCCUACAGCAUCCGGGACGGAGAUGAGAUUCUGGUGGUGCCAAAAGUGAAAAGCCGCUGCAGCUCCUCCUCUGGAUCUUUGAGUCAGGAGCUUCUCUAGUUUUGGAUAAACUAAACUUGAGGGAUUUUAGAUAUGAAACAGCUAGUGGAUUCUAAGCUUUAACUUGAGUCUAUUUUAGACGAAAAACAAAAUCCACAUGAAUGUAAGGAAGUCUUCUAUCCAACAUAUUAAAAGAGUUAUGCAAUAGUACAUUUGCACAUUUUAGCUUAUCCCAUUACACUUGGCACAUUUUGUUUAAUACAGACACCAAUAAAUACACCACCUGGCCAAAACAAAGUUACCACCC